AUGGAUCAUAUCGAUAAUAAUUCGGAUAUAUUUAUUCAACAAUAUAGAAAUAAUGAUAUAUCAUCACGAUAUAAUGAACAAUAUCAUCCACAAGAAGAUAUUCCAGAAAUACGAUCAUCAAAUAUUGAUUAUGAACAUGAUGAAAAUGAAUCAACAUCAUUUGUAUAUAAAAAACGUAUACGAACAAAAUUUACUCAAGAACAAUUGGAUAUACUUGAAACUACAUUUCAACAACAUCGUUAUCCAACUGUUGACAUUAUUGAUGAUCUUGUUGAACAACUUAAUUUAUCUACACAAAAAAUAACGGUUUGGUUUCAAAAUCGUCGAGCACGUUUGAAAAAAACUCAACAAAAACUUAAUAAUCAAUAUUCAAAUGAAAAAGAUAAUCAACCACACUACGAUAGUGGAAUUCAUCUAGAUGAAGAUGUCUCGCAUGAUUCUUGUGUUAGUCCUCCAGUAAAUUCAUUACUUCAUUUACCACCGCCUCCAUCUAUGCCUACGCCAUCUCCUUAUUAUUUACCUAAUUCUCAUUAUCCAUAUUACAAUUCAAUUUGGUCAAAUUUUCAGUAUCCACAUCCUUUUCCAUCUCCAAUGAUUAACUCUGUUAAUAUGCCUUAUAAUCUUAUGAAUUAUAAUUCAACUGAAAUACCAUCAACACCUUUUGUUUUUCAAGAUAUGAGUAAUUAUCAACCACAAGGAGAUUAUAAAGAAGAAUUAUAA